CAGUUAAUUUACCAAAUACUUUUUUGGGAGACGAAUACCUAGCAAGAUGUCUAAGCUUACUACUACUCACGUUCGUGAAAACGUCCAGAAGUUGUUGCAGAACUCUACUGAGACCAAGAAGAGAAACUUUUUGGAAACCGUUGAAUUGCAAGUCGGUUUGAAGAACUACGAUCCUCAAAGAGACAAGCGUUUCUCUGGUACUUUGAAGUUGCCUGUUGUCCCAAGACCAAACAUGACCAUCUGUAUCUUUGGUGACGCCUUUGAUGUUGACAGAGCCAAGUCUAUUGGUGUUGAUGCCAUGUCUGUUGAUGACUUGAAGAAGUUGAACAAGAACAAGAAGUUGAUCAAGAAGUUGGCCAAGAAGUACAACGCUUUCGUUGCUUCCGAAGUUUUGAUCAAGCAAGUUCCAAGAUUAUUGGGACCUCAAUUGUCCAAGGCUGGUAAGUUCCCAACUCCAGUUUCUCACUCCGAUGACUUGUACCACAAGGUUCAAGACGUUAAGUCCACCAUCAAGUUCCAGUUGAAGAAGGUUUUGUGUUUGGCUGUUGCCGUUGGUCACGUUGAAAUGACCGAAGACGACUUGGUUAACCAAAUCUUGAUGUCCACCAACUUUUUGGUUUCUUUGUUGAAGAAGCACUGGCAAAACGUUGGAUCUUUGGUUAUUAAAUCCACCAUGGGUCCAUCUUUCAGAUUGUACUAGAUCUAUAGUAAUAUAAUAAUUGCGUCU